AUGGCUGAUACAACUCUUGAGAGUCUGCCUAUCGAGCUCAAGAUUCUUGUUUUAUUUGAAGUACCGGACAGCGACACCCUCAAAUCCCUCGUGCUUGCGUCGCCUGGGUACCAUGAGGCAUACCUCAUGGUGAGACCACAAUUACUCAAAUGUCUUGUAAAACGGCAGUAUGGCGGUUUUCUCGACCUGGCAGAAGCGCUCACUGCUGUGCGGUCUGAAGGCGUGCAUUUUAGCAUCGGGGCAGAAAAGGCAAUUUGUGUGCUGGAUCACUGGCGCCGCAGAAGCGAGUUUCGUGACCUCAAGCAAUCCCCGUCCAAUCGACUUGACGAGCCGAAUUCACUAGAGGAAAUUGUAACUCUGCUUCAUUUUCAUAAAAUGCUGCGCUUUUUCCUCGAGGACUAUUCAAUCAACGCCCCAAGGCCCCCAUGGAUUGAGCCGAUUGAAUGGGAAAAUAAAUACCUGCCACUACGCUUGUCGCUUUCUGAAAAGCAUCGUUUCUUAAGAGCCAUGUGUCGAAUACAAAUUAUGAAAAAUAUCUUCGGGGACCGAGUGCAAUGUUUAGAAUAUCCGGAUUGUGAUUCAUGUGGCCAAGUGAAAUUGUGGACAUCGGGGGAUACGGAGGAAUUGAGAAACCUUCAAGGAACGCACGGUACUUGGUUUAUCAAGGAACAAGCAUAUCGGUUGUUCUAUGGGACUAUACCGCCUUGGGAGCACGAGGAAAUGGGCGGCGUGUUCAGUUAUCUCAUGACCAAGAUGAAGCCCAUUUCAGAGGAGAUUGCAGACGACUUGCGACAACUCAGUAAGAGUACACCAUGCAACUACUUUUGGGAUAUUCUUCCUAUAGAAAAGCGGCUACCUUUUUGUGAAAUUGAGAUGGAGAGUGACCUUGUUCACUUUCACCACCAUUUCAGGGAAUUGGCGGGACUAGGACCGGGAUUUCUAUAUCGAAUUCUACAUAUGGAUCCGCUAUCUCGACGUAAUAUACUUUGCACAAACACCAGGGUCCUGUCGGAGGGGCCAUUCAUUGGACUCACAAUUGGACUCUCGUGGGACCACAUGUUCCCAUUUACCGACCCAGCGGAUCGGUAUGAUUGCCCGAAUUUCGAGCAACUCUGGUCUACUUUGCCGCCAAUUGAACAGCCUACUGUGGGUUGGAAGAAAUCGUGGGUGCUGCCCCACAAUGAAGAAGAUACUCUUGAGGAUGCCAUGCAUUUGGAGCGAAAUUCUGAGAAGGACUGUGAGUGGAGUUACGCUCUUUGGGAUGAGAGAAGAUUAGAGGAGUGGAAAGCACCGUUGCUAGAUUAG